AUGGAGAAGGCUAGUCCCCAUGCUGAGAGGAAGAUGCCUUUGAGAAAAGGCGCAUGGAGUCCUGAAGAAGAUCAGAAGCUGACAGAUUAUAUUAAGCGAUUUGGCAUUUGGAAUUGGAGUCAAAUGCCAGAGCCUGCCGGUCUGGCAAGGUCUGGGAAGAGUUGCAGACUCCGUUGGUUGAACUAUCUAAGGCCAGGUAUUAAGCGUGGAAACUUCAGCAAGGAAGAGGAGGAAACCAUACUCAAGUGGCAUCAAGUGUUGGGAAACCGAUGGUCUGCAAUUGCAUCAAAGCUUGCUGGGAGAACAGACAAUGAAAUAAAAAAUCACUGGCACACUCGCUUGAAAAAGUGCUUUAAGAACAAUUUGGCACCAACAACUGUAUCCGACAUUGAUGUUGACCAGAAUGGUUUAUCUGGGAUUGAUCCGAAAGUGUCAGAUGAUCACUUGGAUGGCUCUUUGGGAAUACCGAUUUCAGUACCGCACCUAUUCAUGGCUGAUGAUCUCUCUUCUUCAUCAAGCACUGACCCCCCUCACCCUGCUGUUGAAAAAGAUGGAAACCAAAGCACGGAGGAGAAUUUUGGUUCAUCGAAUGCAUUUGAAGAACUCCAAAGUUUAUGGGAGCAGCCAUUUUCAUUGGAGGAGUACUUGUGCAUGGUGGAGACAGAGCCCGGAAUUAUGGCUCCAACUAGUGCGGUGUGGCUCCAGGAGCCCAUAUAUCCGUCCAUUUCUUAUGAUGGCACGGCGAUGGGCUUUGGGAUUUAA